GUUAAAUUAGUGUGAUUUAAAUUAUUAAUGUGUAGAGAACAUAACAAAGAGUGAGUUGACACAUAAAUUGACUUAUAUCUUGUGAAUUAAAGAUAAAUUAAGAAGAAAAAAAGAAAAAUCUGUGAAAAAUUUAUCGUGAAGAAUGGAAAAUUCCCAAAAAGUUCGACAUAUUCCGAUUUUCGUUGAGGGACGUGAUGAGCCCAUCAUAAAUAGAGAUCAUAAUACUCAACAGAAUAGUGCUAGUGCCAAUUCGAAUGCAUCAGCGCAAAAUUCUUCGAAUUCGAAUUCCUCCUCCGCUUUUGCGUCAGCUGAAUCAUCAGCAGGACCGUUUCAGUCAUCUUCGUCGCAUCAAACUCCAUAUUUUCAAGCUAAUCAAAAUCAUAAUUUUGGCAGGCCACCAAUGAAUUUCAGUGAUAUGGAUGAUAUGGGUUUUGGGGAUAUGAAUAUGCCUCAUCAUGGAUCGAUUUUCGAACGUGCUAAAGAAUUUCCAGUUCGUACUGACUUUCCAGACUUUUUCUCGAACGUACGAUCAGCAAGUCCAUCAAAUCGUCGCAGUGAGUCACCAAUUCAAAGUCAACAACCUAGAAAAUCGCCAUCAAGCGGUGCUACUUCAAAUGUACAUAAUUUGAGGCAAUCUGGAUCAUCGGAACGUCCAAUUCCAAUGCAACAUGAUAAUGUGAAAAGAUCUUCGACUCCACAGCGACAACAAACACCACCAAAACAACCUCCUCCUCCACAACAGCCAGUACCAGUUCCACAACAAGUUCCUGUAAUUCCACAGGAGCAGCCACAACCAACAGAAGAACAAAGAGCAACUGCUGCAAAGCAGAAAGCACUUGAAGAUUCAAUUACCAAAAUUCAAAAGAUCCAACAAUCAGUUUUAGAUCUCAUGGGACGUGUCGAGCAAUACAAUGGAGCUGAUCGUAAAGAAUAUCUCUUUCUGGAUGAGAUGUUGACACAGAAUUUAUUAAAACUUGAUAAUAUCGAUGCCGAAGGAAAAGAUAAUAUCAAAAAUGCCAGACGUGAAGCAAUAAAAUGCAUUAAUAGCCUUAUUUCACUCCUAGAAGCAAAGAAUGAGGAAGCGACGUAUAAUAGGAAUAAUAAUAAUGGUGUAGAAAAGAGUAAAAGCAAUGAAAAUGCAACUCAUCAAGAGGCUAGUGUAGAUCAAAAUAAUAUGGAACAGACCCAACCAACACAGGAAUUGAAUGGAACGUCAAAAAAUUCAUCAUAUGACAAUGUACAGCAACAAACAAGUUCAGAUGUGCCAGAAAAAUCAGCUGAAGCAAGUUUAGAAGAGAAAAUUGCAGAGGCAAUGGUUAAACAGGAUAAUGGUCAGAAGCAGACAUAGAUUAAUAGACAAAAAGAAUUAUUAGAGAGUGAAACACAGAAAUGCCUACUCAAAAAAAAGUAAUAAUAAUAAUAAUUGUUUCAGUUCCUUCUGAACACUUCAACUCGUUAAAUGCUUUUGCACAUUUCUCUGCAUUAAUUAUGACGUCAUAAUUUGUUGUAGGUCGUGGACACUUUAAGCUUGUAAUAUUGAGGAAUGUUCAAAUUUAUUUGUCAUUGCCUGAGUUGUGUGACAAGAAAAGAAAGAAAGGUUGUAAACUAUAUAAAAAAGGCAUAUUUGGAUUGACUAAGUGCGACAAAUUCAUUGAACUUUCAUCAAUAAUUAUAUUUUUUUAAACACUCAAUAUCAGUGUAGUGCUUAUCCUAGUUAUUUUUUCUUUCACUUUACUGUACUAUAUUAGUUUAAUAGAUCCGCAAUUAAGUAACUACACUAAUAGGCAGUCAAUGUUAAUACAAGAAAAGGUGCAGAAAAUAAGCUAUAGAUGAAAUUAAUUCGCUAAAUUAUGUUUUUUGGGCUUUGUUCACUUACGAUGUCUACCAGAGGGUAGAUUUGGAGAUUAAGGAUUGCUUAUAAUCCUUUAAAAUUGUAAGGAACGUUUGGUACCAAAUAACAAUAUCUUUUAUCAGACAUAUUCAUUUGUUCCUAAAUUCACAACAAAUAAGUUCAUAAGACAUCAUUAGUGAACAACUCCCAGAAAAAGUCUCUAUUUUGAAAUGAAGCUUACUUCCGAAUACAUCAUUGAAUAACUUUCUUUAUACAGUCAACUAACCACAUCUUUUUUAAUACCGCUCCU